AUGCUCAAAAAUGGUGAGAACAACCUGAUGUGCCAACUGGAGAGAACGAAGCCUACGGUGGAAAAUGUGACUCCAAUUUCGCUAUACCAACAAACACAGCCGAGAAUGAAAGGCGUAGCCCUGGACCAACAAAACGAAUUGCCUAUCUUGUAUGGUGGCGGCAGAGAAUUGCUGGUUGGUCUUAUACCGCCUCCGGGCGAGCCAUUGGAACGCAGUUGCGUCGAAGUGGCAGAUUUCUUUGUCCUGAGUACAUGCAUGGUGGUGUGGAUAAACUCGCAAGAAAUUGGAUUACAGAUUCCGUACCAAAACGUGGUGUACCACGGAACCCGUUUGAUCGAGGACGAGAGUUUGCAUACGGGUGCGAGUGUUGAAAUUGUGCUGACGAUUCAACGGGAUGCGACACUAGAUCAGCUCUUCCCACCUGGAGAAGGAAUGGCAGCGCUGGGGCCGGAGUAUCCGAUGUCAACCGUGGAGCUGGUACUGAGACCGCAAUACGGCGAAUUUGACCGUGUUUAUAACGACGAGCUGGAAAUGCUAUUUACGUUCGGGGAGUUCGGGCUGAAUCGUGGCGAUAGGAUGGUGUCGAACUGCAACGCAGCGAUCACGCGGUGCAUGGACCUGUACUAUGUGGAAGACGACAGCAGCGAGGAAUCGGAGCCAGUGGAGGACUACUGCGGGGGUGAAACACAAUAUACUGGGGUGAGUGACUUGCGCAACGCGGUUUACAGUAACUCGGGCGCGGCAGACGAUCUUGACGUGGAGGGUGACAGUGGUGCACUGAAAGACGGGGUAGAGGCUGGCAUGGCGCUGGAAUUCUACGAAAAUGUGCCGCUGGCGGUGCGGAGACAGUUGUGGGACGCCGAAUCGCGUGGGGAAACCAAGAAAUUUAAGAGCUGA